AUGAGAAACCACACUACGAUCACAGAGUUUGUACUCUUGGGCAUAUCAGAUGAUCCAAAGCUGCAGGUUGUCAUUUUCAUUUUUCUAUCUAUAACUUAUAUACUAAGUGUCACUGGAAACUUAACCAUCAUCACGCUCACCCUACUAGACUCACGUCUGAAGACUCCGAUGUAUUUCUUCCUCCAGAAUUUCUCCUUCUUGGAAAUUAUAUUCACCAGUGUCUCCAUGCCUAGAUUUCUGGGGUCAAUCAUUACUAAAGUCAAAACCAUUUCUUAUAACAACUGUUUGGCUCAGUUGUUUUUCUUCCUCUCCAUGGGUGUGUCUGAAUUUUUUCUUCUGACUGCCAUGUCUUAUGACCGCUAUGUUGCCAUCUGCAAGCCUCUGCACUAUGCCACCAUCAUGAGUAAGAAAAUCUGCAUCUUGCUGGUCUGUGUUUCCUGGCUGGCAGGAUUUCUGUUUGUUUUUCCUCUGCUCAUGCUGGUCCUUAAGUUAGAUUUUUGUGCUUCCAAUGUCAUCGAUCACUUCUCCUGUGACUAUUUCCCCAUUCUACAACUCUCCUGCUCAGAUACCUGGCUUUUAGAGAUGCUUGGCUUUUACUUUGCCUUUAUUACUCUGCUGUUCACAUUGGCCUUGGUGAUUCUGUCCUACAUAGGCAUCAUGAGCACCAUUUUGAGAAUUCCAUCAGCCAACCAGAGGAAAAAGGCCUUCUCCACCUGCUCCUCUCACAUGAUUGUCAUCUCCAUGUCUUAUGGAAGCUGCAUCUUCAUGUAUGUCAAGCCUUCAGCCAAGGACAGGGCCUCGCUGACCAAAGGAGUGGCCAUUCUCAACACCUCCAUUGCUCCCAUGUUGAACCCUUUCAUUUACACCUUGCGGAACCAGCAAGUAAAAGAAGCCUUCAAAAGUUUGGUUCAUAAAGUAGUGUUUUAUAAGCAUAAAUGA